AUGAAGCCUUGUGAUAAGUCUUUUCUUUGCCCCGACGCCAAAGAUGUUGACGGUAUCGAGACCGCCGAGCCGCUUCUUGCACCUUUCAACGCCGAACUAGAUUGCUCUGCAUCCAAACCAGCAGGAAAGAUGUUGAAUUUAAAAGACAGAUCAAACCUCUCGUUAGCUAAAAUUACUUGGCGUUUUAUCCUCUGGACCUUUAUUUUUGGCUUUGCUCUCUGGGGUGCCUCAGAUGCUGCAGUUCGCACUUUCAAGGGAUUCCGCGCUCAUCAAGCCACCCAUUGUCACUGCGGAGUCACAACAGCGGACGGGAUUGCACAAGGCUGUAUCUUUGAUGAGCUGGAGCUGGGAUGGAUGAAACCCGAGUGUGUCGACCACGAUCUCACGGAUGAAUUCGCACGCUCGGGUCCUGGGAUUGGCGGUGCUUGGUAUUAUGAAACGGAAGUUGACGGAAAACCCGUGCAUGUCAACGUCACCGAAUUGUCAAUGAUGGUAGAGCCCGGGAGAAUCGUCAGGUUCACUUACGAGCAGCAUGUCACGCACUGCAUCUUCGAAUGGAGGAAGCAGUUCCGAAGGCAUUUUCUUGGAACGACCAUGUCACUGAGAAGAGAAAUGGAGGGCCAUAUCAAACAUUGUGGGAGCAUGUUCUUGCUCAACGCCGAUCGGGAUGAGUUAAGAACGAAGUUGGUAUAUCCUAACCAAAUCAUAGGAUGA